GCGCGCUCCUAAUCCCCGGCCUUCCGGCUCCACAGAGUCGCUCCUCUUCGCUCUGCGCUCCCUCAACCCUCGGCUCUCCUCCGCUGUCAGCUCAGCCGGGGUCAGCUUCCCUCGGCAGCCUCCGUUGCUCGUGCAGUGUCGGGCCGCGCUGGGAGUGAUGCCGGCGUCCGGCGUCCGGGCGUCCUCCGCGUCCACUGGCCGCUCUCCCGCUGCAGCGCUGCGGCGGUGAGCCCCUGUCGCCGGCGGCCGCGGGAAGACGUCCGGCUCCUAGCUCGCCCGGCCGGCCCGCCUCGUAAUGCCGGGAGGUUUCAAGCUCCAGCACUUCUGUGGCGUGGAGCUCUUACGCCGGGUUUGCUGUACCGUCUUCACGGAGCCUGCCACCUCCCCAGUCACCAAUGAAGUUUUUUGACGCUUUCUUGAAUCAUGUGACAUCACUUCUUGUCCGCCUUCUUUCCAGUUGCUAAGCCCAUAGGUAUAAGCUCGUGUUGCUUUAAAGUACAUUCCUUGACUUCUGUCCAGCUCGCUUCACCUUGCUGUGACUUUUAUAGGCACUCACCUGAGUCACCCAUAGCAGUCCUUGAAGAGAACAUUCCGUACAGUCGCUGCCUGGCAAAGAUAACAAGCAAUGAGCUUACCCACUCCAUUUUCCUGUCAAGCUUGCAAGAGAGAUUAUUUUCUUGCACCUUUCCCCAAAUACUCCAAGUCUUAGAGGCUUAAAUAAAGAAGUUUACCUGCAGUAAAGGCACACGUUGAGCAGCACAAAAAUAAUUUGAGAUCUCAGUAGUGCAGUAUUGAUUCAACUUCUAGCUUCCAGUAAGACUGAAGUUUAUGAGACUUGUGUAAGGAGGAAGAGAGAACAUAAGGUUCAUUGGUGCUACUCCUGGGCUUGGGGACUUUGUUAAGUCUGAAAAUGCAAGGGAAAAGGCCUAGACUUUGUGUGAAAAUUGCCAUCACACACCGUCCAAGUCUUAGGGAACAGAAGAGAGCUCUUAAGACUCCCAUUUUCUAGUGUCUGUAUUCAAAUUCAAGUUGUUACUAAUUGUCUAAAAUAUUAGACUAAAAUGUUAGGGAAACGUAAGCGUGUGGUGUUGACAAUUAAGGACAAACUUGACAUUAUUAAGAAGCUUGAAGAAGGCAACUCUUUCAAAAAACUUUCGGUGGUGUAUGGAAUUGGUGAAUCCACAGUCCGUGACAUUAAAAAGAACAAAGAAAGGAUCAUAAACUAUGCCAACAGUUCAGAUCCUACAAGUGGGGUGUCCAAACGUAAAUCUAUGAAGUCAUCUACCUAUGAGGAGCUUGAUAGGGUUAUGAUAGAGUGGUUUAACCAACAGAAAACAGAUGGGAUUCCAGUGUCUGGAACUAUUUGUGCAAAACAAGCCAAGUUCUUUUUUGAUGCUCUGGGGAUGGAAGGUGAUUUUAAUGCAUCAUCUGGCUGGCUGACUCGAUUUAAGCAGCGCCAUGGUAUUCCGAAGGCUGCUGGGAAAGGAAUGAAAUUAAAGGGGGAUGAAACUGCUGCCGGUGAAUUUUGUGGCAACUUUCAGGAAUUUGUGGAGAGAGAAAAUCUACUACCAGAACAGAUUUAUGGUGCUGAUCAAACUGGAUUGUUCUGGAAAUGUCUACCCUCAAGGACAUUAGCGUUUGACGCUGACCAGAGUUCUGAGUAUAAGUCAAGCAGAGAGAGAAUCAUUAUUAUGUGUUGCGCAAAUGCCACAGGUUUACACAAACUUAAUCUUUGUGUUGUGGGGAAAGCAAAGAGACCCCGUGCAUUCAAAGGAACUGACCUUUCAAACCUUCCUGUCACUUAUUUCAGCCAAAAAAGUGCAUGGAUAGAACAGUCAGUUUUCAGACAGUGGUUUGAGAAAUGCUUUGUGCCACAGGUACAGAGGCAUCUGAAGGCCAAAGGGCUUCGAGAAAAAGCAGUGCUUCUUUUAGAUUUCCCAGCAGCACAUCCGAAUGAAGAACUGUUGAGUUCAGAUGAUGGCAGAAUAAUCGUGAAAUACUUGCCACCAAAUGUCACAAGUUUAAUUCAACCUAUGAGCCAGGGAGUCUUAACCACAGUCAAAAGAUACUACAGAGCAGGACUUCUCCAGAAGUACCUGGAUAAGAGAAUCGAACCAAAAAUGUUCUGGAAGAAUUUGACAGUGUUGGAUGCGGUUUAUGAAGUAUCGAGAGCUUGGAACAUGGUAAAAUCAAAUACCAUAACCAAAGCAUGGAAAAAACUGUUCCCUGGCAAUGAAGAAAGUUCAAGCAUGCACAUUGACGAAGGAGCCAUUUUAGCAGCUAACUUAGCAACAGUUUUACAGAACACAGAAGAUUGUGAACAUGUCGACAUUGGGAAUAUUGAGCAGUGGUUUGACUCCAGGAAUAAUGGCUCAAGUUGUCCAGUGCUGACUGACAGUGAAGGUGCCAGGAACCAGGCCAAGGCUCCUGAGCAGAAGCCUCCCAGGAAGUCUAGGCAAGCAGAACUGAAUCCAGAGAAGCAUAUUAGCCAUAAAGCUGCACUUGAAUGGACCGAAAAUUUGCUGGAUUAUCUAGAACAACAAGAUGACAUGCUACUCUCUGAUAAACUGGUACUACGGCGGCUCCGGACCAUUAUAAGAAGAAAACAGAAGAGCCAAAAUAAAAGUUAUUCAUAGUGCUCCAGACUGUUGCCAUGUAUUUUCAUCUUUGUGACGUUUAUCUGCUGUGGAAUUUAAGGCCAAAUAAAUGUUAUAAAAUGAUUUUAGGAUUA